AUGGAAAUUGCAAGAGUUUUUGGAUCUACUCAAACAUCUCUUUUUACUCAUGCUGAUACCAAACCUACCGAAGAAGGAAAUACUCUUGUAGUUACUGUUUCAUCAGAUCGUGGUCUUUGUGGUGGGAUUCAUAGUAGUGUUUCAAAGGCUUCUCGUAAAUUGAUUGAUGAAAAUUCUAGUUCUCAAUUGGUGGUUCUUGGUGAUAAAGCCAAAGCACAACUUGCACGAACAGUUCGUGAUAAUAUUAAACUUUCAUUCAAUCAAAUUGGUAAAGCUGUUCCUACGUAUGCUGAAGCAUGUGCUAUAGCUGACACCGUCUUAAAGGAGAAGGUAGAAUUUGAUCAGGCAGUUAUUGUUUAUAAUCAUUUCAGAUCAGUAAUUGCUUACGAAGCUGAAACAAUUCCAGCUUAUUCAGAAGCAACCUUUGUUAAAUCAGAUGAUGUUUUGGAAAACCUUCAAGAAUUUGCAUUUGCAAAUUCAAUUUAUUGGGGACUUGUUGAAGGACAUGCAGCUGAAAUGGCUGCAAAACGAACUGCUAUGGAGAAUGCUACUAAAAAUGCUGGUGAAAUGAUUGACAGAUUAACAUUAACAUAUAAUCGUGGUCGUCAAGCUGUAAUUACUAAUGAAUUAAUUGAUAUUAUUACUGGAGCUUCUGCACUUUAA